UUGAUUUUUUGCUACUUUAUUUUUUUACUAGCUUCUGUAAGGGAAAUAUUCAAAAUUGAUAUUCAGGACGAACUGCUUUCGUACGAGCUAUCACCGCGAGGCCUUCGAGCAUCACGUUAUCAGCGUGCAUUUCUUGCCGUUUGUCUUUUUUUCGAACCUGCCCUGCUGCACUCCGAUCAUGUUGUUAUGCGUCAAAUUGUCGAUACAUUUUUUACCGAAGAUUGGGUUGUACAUUUGCAUAUGGGUUUGCUAAUGAAUGUUUUUGAUGCAUGGGAUCGUUGUAAAGCAGCGGCAGGUGCAUUGCAACGUGCACUAAAUGUACAGAUUGUGAAACGCCUAGCCUCAAGCCAUGUAUCCGCGCUGAGUACCAUAUCAUUCCCGCAAACUGCCAAAUUAUCGGAAGCAGAUCUCAUCUCCUAUGCAACGCUAAUCGCCGUCAGCAACAGACAUCUCGAAUGGAUCAUGCUUCAUGCUUGUCAGUUUGAUUCUUUUAUUCGCCAGAAAGUGCAAUGA